GAAUGGUUUUUUUUGGCUCAAGCUUUGCUGCGGCCUGGCCAAUCCUUCUCUCUGAUGAGCGGGCUGGCAGCACUUAUUGAGCAGAAGCUCACCGGAUUGCAUAGUUAUUUCGGCCAAGCCAAUUGCUUCUCUGCGCCGGGCUCUCCGAAACACCUUUCGGUGAGCACUGCGUUUGGAGCCACCGUCUUGGCUGCUUCCUCUUUGGAAACCGACAGCUACGAAGAAGAGCUUAGCACGGCAGUGCUGAAGAAUGACUUGACUAUGCCACAAGUGCCAAAGGAGGACAUUAGCUUGAGGACCGACGACGCGACUGUGAUGUCUUCUGCUCCAAGAUCCAGACUUGCAAGGAGCGACACAAUGGAGGCAUCCCUGCAGAGCUCGCAGCUGCCAAACCUUGGCAAAUUUGAGCCGCUCAGCACACUGAAAGAUGAAUUCAAGUUCAACAAGAGCUUUGGAGAAAAGGUGGAUGGUCUCAUAGAGCAUGAGUACAAGGGCUGGAGGAGAGUCCGAGGAGACGGCAACUGCUUCUAUCGUGCUGUUGGCUUCGGUUUGUUAGAACAAAUUAUUGCUGCUCCCGAUUCAAAGCGUCAAGUGGCUGCAUCUGCCUUGGUUUGCAAGCUGAAGAACCUUAGCUUUGAGGAAAAAGUGGAAGACGAGGGUCACCAACAGUUUGUGGAGAGGCUUUUUCGUGUGGCUAGUGGGCAUUCGUGGCAGGACGGAGGUGGCGAUCUAUUGGCUAGUUUCGAAGACAAGUCUCCAGAUGGAAUAGACCAGGCAUGCAUCCGCGCCAUUCGCAAACUGGUUGCUCAGUGUAUCAUUGCAAGAGCUGAUGACUGCAGUCUAUGUGGUGGCAUCGAUUUUCGCACUCUUUGUGAGGUUCAAGGCUUGGGAUCGCCUGAAGAUUUUUGCAACACGGUAGUUCUGCCUAUGGGUGUUGAAGCAGAAUCAGUGGUUAUGAAUGCCUUGGUUUGCGCGUUGGACAUUGGCCUGAAGCUGGCACUGCUAGACAGGACAGAACAGUCAGGCUUGGUCUUCGAAUCAUACGAGCCUCCCGGCGAAGGAAACUCUGAUCAUUUUACCGUGCACGUGCAGCUUCGACCGGGACACUAUGAUCUGCUCUACCUGGAGUGUAUAAACGAGACCAGUCGGAGG